AUGCAGUUUAUAAGAUUAUUUUUCACACGGAUCACAGAUGAUCUUAAACAGAAGAAGCUAGUGCCUUUGAAGAUACUGUUUUUUAUGCAUGCAUCUACUUUGUUCGUACUCUAUCCCUAUUUGACUAUUCACAUGCGAGAAUUGGGUAUCAAUGUGGAGGAGACAGCUAUAAUGUCUGCUGUGACGCCUGUCGUUUCAAUCAUGAUGCCACCACUUGCUGGCAUGCUGGCUGAUAAAAUCGGAAAUUUCAGGUUGCUGCUAGCCUUGUCUUCGUUACUGGGAGGCGCGUCGGCGUUGUUAUUGUUAGCUGUUCCUGUCAGGGAUUAUCCCUGCCAGCCUUUGCAUCCCUACGCCUAUGAUGUUAACCUUACCGUUUUAUCGUGCGGUUUUGUUUGCGAAUUGCCACACGGCAUUUCGUCGGAUGAAAUUAACUCUGUUGUCCGUGCAAACUCGUAUGACGUUAAUUUAAAAUCACAAAAUGAAUCACAAAGGCUUUUGUACCGUAACACAGUUUCUUCACUAUUGUCACAAACCGGAAGACCCGUUAUAGACCAUAGCAACUCACGCAUUAUGACUAACGACGUCUUUUUUAAUUCUACCGCUACCAACAUAACUAAAAACAGAAUAUUUUUCCCUACACCAAAACUGUACGGAAUAGAUUGUUCUUAUGAUGAGAAUAAUGCAAGCUGUAGCUUUGGUAAAGCAGAUUUUUUUAAAACAUCGGAAUCUGAAGGAAUAAUGGAAACAUCAUACCAAGUUAGAAUAUCCCAUGAUAUAAAAGAAAAACCGAUAGAAGUCCGAAAUUACUUGGUGAACGCAAUCAUUUCACAAAACGCUACGGAAAUGGAAGAUUAUGGUGGCGUUGACUCUACCACAUGCAAAGAUAAUUUCGCUCAGAUACUGAAUGGUGAUUCGGCGUAUGUGAAAGCAGCGUCACAGAGGAUGUCCAAGUGUUCAGUAGCAUGCGCCGCACAGACUCCAAGGAUAAGUCUCUGUGAUAAUGUUCAACAAAAACUUGAACUUGACCCUACUUUUACCUUCUGGGCGUAUUUAGCUGUCCGUGUGUUUAUUGGUAUAAUAGGAGGUACAUCUUUUGCGAUGUUCGAAGGAGCGGUUAUUGCAAUCGUAAGGGAUCAAAAGGCAGAUUACGGUCUUCAGAGAGUGUAUGGCAGUCUUGGAGGGAUGAUAUUUUCUCCUCUCUCUGGCCUUCUCAUAGAUUAUGCUAGUAGAGGCAAAGGUUACACUGACUUUCGACCGGCUUUUUAUCUGUAUGCUGUUUUGAAAGUUCUAUCCGGUGGACUCAUGAUGAGCAUUGACCUUCAGUUCAAACAGCCCGCACAGAACCUUCUUGCAGAUGUUAUAUCCGUGUUCCGUAACAUAGAACUCGUGGUACUUUUUAUAGCAUGCUUUGUUAUGGGUACUGCUUGGGGUUACAUAGAGAGCUUCCUAUUCUGGUUGCUCCAGGACUUGGGCGCGUCUCGCUCACUCAUGGGCGUCACGAUCACGGUGGGCGGCGUGGCAGGCCUGCCACUAUUAGUUUUAUCCGGACCUAUCAUUAAUAAACUGGGACAUGCAAAUGUGCUCUUCAUAGGAUUUGUCUUUUACGCUAUACGGUUACUCGGCUAUUCACUGAUCUACAAUCCCUGGCUCUGCUUGAUUUUCGAGGCUCUGGAGUCAGUGACGUCAUCACUGUCUUUCACCGCGGCUGUGACGUACGCGGCGCGCCUGUCUUCAACUACCACGGACACUUCAGUCCAAGGUCUACUGGGAGGACUUUAUUAUGGAGUUGGAAAGGGCGCGGGCAGUCUCAUCGGAGGAUAUCUAAUGAAGUUCGUUGGUACCAGACCGACGUACCAGCUCUUUGCUAUUGGUACAUUAGUGACCGGCUGUUUCUACUACCUUUUCAAUAGAUUCUAUAUCAGGAAAAGAUCAAAAUGUGACGACGACAUCUGCAAGAAGAAGCCUGAAACACUUGACAUAGAGAAUCGCGACGGAGCUAACAAGGAACCGGAGAAAAAUAACUCGCUAGAUGUCGACACUAGAAACGAAAUGACAAAAAACAUGGCGAUAGGCGCUACACUUAACAUUAAAACAGAAGCAACGCCGGUGAGCUUCAACACAGAUGGCGCUAGUGACGUUGGCUUCGACAAUCACGCGUUCAACGAUGAUGAAAAAAAGAAACUCGCUGCUAACGACAAAAAAGAAUCUGUCUGA